AUUAAAAUGAAAUCUUUUCUACUCUGUAACUUGUCUUCUCUAACGGGAUGAGGUGGUGCAGUGAAGCUAUCUCAUUAUCGGGUGCACAUGCACUCGCUCCUGUAUCUUUACUCACCAACAAAACUGUUGCAUUUCAAUUUCAAAAGCCUUUUUUCUUCAAAUUCAAAUUCAACAACUCUUUUUCUUCUACAUCUCUUAUCCAUCGGAACCCGUUGGCUGCUCAAUUGCAACCGUCAUGUUCAACGGAGGAUGAUUUUGAUUUUGAUUUUUUGGUUGUUAAUUUCUAUCAUUUUGUGUUCAUUAAAGAUCCUCAACAAGAAGUUGCCAAACACCUCUCUUUCUUGGAAUUGGAGGGUCUAGAUAUCCAUGGAAGAAUCUAUUUGAAUGAACAAGGGAUUAAUGCACAGUAUAGUGGGCCAUCAAAAGACGCUAUGGUUUAUGUCAACUGGAUAAAAGAGGAUGACAGGUUUUCCAACAUCCUGGUUCAGAUAUCUCAAUCAGAAAUUGGACACGCCUUUCCAUCAUUGAAGUUGCGGUAUAAGCCUUCAUUAGUACAGUUUAAAAGUGACACAUCAGAUCUUCCAGUGCUUGAUCCUUCAAUGCGGGCAAUACCUUUAGCACCUUCAGAAUGGAGAGAUAGAUUAGAAGCCAUCAAUAAAAAUGAUCCGCAUUCAAAAGAUCAUCCUAACAAAGAUUACAUUCUAUUGGAUGUGAGAAAUGGUUAUGAGUGGGACAUUGGACAUUUUCGUGGGGCUCAACGACCUAAUGUAGACUGCUUUAGGAGCACUUCAUUUGGACUGUCUCAGGAAGAGAUCACUGCUUCAGACCCUUUAUCAAAUGUAGAUAAAGAAAAUACAAACAUAUUGAUGUAUUGCACGGGAGGAAUUCGAUGUGAUGUGUAUUCUACAAUACUGAGGCAGCAUGGAUUUCAGAAUUUGUAUACCCUUCAGGGAGGCGUUUCUAACUAUAUAAAGAACGAAGGUCCUGCAGAAUGGAUAGGAAAUUUAUUUGUAUUUGACUCCCGAUUAUCUCUCCCUCCUCCUGUUUACCAUCCUCAGGCCAAUACUGAAGUUGGGACUCCGACUCCAACUUCAGUUUCUAGUGAUGAUAAGUUUGCAAAAUGCUACAUAUGUAACUCGGGAGUCAGUGAACUGAGACACCGGAAUUGUGCAAAUCUUGACUGUAACUUGCUUUUUCUAUGCUGCAAAAAAUGUGUUAAGGAUCUAAGAGGAUGUUGUUGUUUGACUUGCACUACUGCGCCUAGGCUUAGACCUGUUUUAAAUGGAGAGCACAGAUACAAGAAAUGGCACAUCUAUCGUGACAUGGAUUUGCAAGGCAAUGCAAGAAUUUCAACUUGAUCGCCAAAAAACAGUAUUCUUGAGUUGAUGAAGUUUGUUACUGGUCAUAUGCAAGGCAACUUUUAGCAUACACCUUCUGUUAAAAAAAAAAACUUUUAGCAUACUCCCAUGGUUAGAUGGGUAUGAUCUUAUUUUAAUCUGAGUUGUUUACUAUUAUUAUUAUUAUUAUUAUUGUUGUUGUUGUUAUGUAUUUGUCUGCUAGAUUUACUAUUAGUGAUUAAAUGAUAUAGAAAUAAUAUACUUUGG